UUUUUUAUUAGUUGGCCUGCAAGUGCGAAUUAAAUUUUUUUCCGAACGCGUGAGAAUUUUUUUUCAUUUAUACUUUAACUUUUUUUUUUUCAAUUCACGAUGGACGAGACUGACCCGUCAAUAUCAGUGCCGUAACCCAACUAGUCGAAAAAGACUAAUACACUCGAAUAUUGCACGAAUUAAUUGUAUUGUAUAUUAAUAUUAUAGUUGCAAGCCUAAAACCGUAUAUUUCAAUUCCUACAUAAUUUUAUUCUUAAUACGUCAAUACGUGCACACAAAAUCGCCAACCAUGGGACUUAGCGGUACCACCAGAAAAUCAUCUUCCCCUAUUGCAAUAAAAGAGGACAGAGGGUCACCGUUGGUCGAAAACCGUGGGUCGUCGCAAAAAAUCAUGUAUCCGCAAAACUCGUCCAAAGACGGCAGGUGGAAAAACAUGUACAACAGCGAAGCGGGCAGUGACGUCACAUUUUUGGUCGGAGAUCCCGAAUGUUGGAGGUUCCCUGCUCACAUAGAUGUGCUAUGUCAAUACCCGGUCUUCGACGCCAUGCUCCGGGAACCUUGGUCGAAAAAAGGCACCCCGAUCCACAUACCGGAUGACGACCCUAGAGCCUUCGACAACCUACUCAAGUUUAUGUACAAAAACAAGGUGGAACUGAAAUCUGUGGUGACCGCCCUGGAGACGCUCGGGCUGGCCAACAAGUACAUGUGCGUGGACCUGGUUGACGAGUGCAUCGUCUACUUGACUCGCAACCUGACCGUGGAUACGGUGCUCAUGGUGUACCAUGCGGCAAGGCUAUAUGGUGGCCAGACUGUGCCACGCCGUGAACAGCCCGCCGCUUGUUCGCCAGUGGCCACGGCCCGGGCCACGGCGCCGCCAUUACAAGACUUGAUGCCGUCGGCUGUGGCGGCCGACGACGCUCAUUCUGAGGCGUUCGCUCGCAUGGUCCAGCACUACGACACGCUGUUGGCGUACUGUGGCGCGUUCAUCGACAGGAACGCUGAUCGGGUGAUGACUGAUGAGAGCGUCGACGAACUUGAUACGGUCGAGCUCAGGGAACUACUUCGUCGAGAUGGACUGGCUGUGUCCAAUGAAAUGGUGCUGUUCACGACGCUGGAGCGGUGGUGCACGCACAAGUGCAAACAGCAGCACUUAGAACUGACGGUGGCCAACCGACGGGCGGUGCUGGACGACACGGUGCUGCUGUCAGUGCGCUACCUGCAGAUGACGGCCAACGAGUUCCUGUCGGGCCCGAUGCCCAGCGGCCUGCUCAACGCCCAGGAGACGGCGGUGCUCAUGAAGCACAUACUCAACCCAAAACAACCGAAGUGGACCUGCCAGCGUUUGACCAAGGAAACGCUUGAGUACAUGAGCACGCCGCGGGCGAGACGGAACCACGGGGCCGCGGGCGCCGGCGGCGGGCUGUCGUACGUCAUCAAGCGGCGGUCUUCGUCGUUCAGAGGCACCGCGAGUGACCCACACCACUGUGGCGACGGCGACGACAGCAGUCAGUCGUCCGAGUUCGACUCGCCAAAGCGGUCGUUCUGCUGUACGGGCGGCAAGAAGAACAAGAAGAACAGCGGCACCGGCAAGAAGAACAAGAAGAAGUGUACGGACAGCUGUUUUUGCAAUUGUCUGAUUUACUGUUUGGACGUGUGUUUCGGUUGAACGCGGCCGCCGGCUCUCUUCCCCUCCCCAUUUCCACAACACCAUCACUCACACACUCGCACACAUUUCAUACACGCACUGACCUAAUGGUACGUUAUAUAAUAUGUGUGCAGUGUGUUUGUACAUUUAUAGAGAUAAAUUUAAUUUACCUUAACUCGAAGAAAAAAAAACACAAAAAGAUCUCAAAAUAAUACUUGUUUUUCCUUUUUGUAUAAUAAUAUAAAAUGUUAAUAUUAUGAUGGUAUAUGUCCAGAGUUCGUCCCUCUACACCUCCUGAGUUAUCGGAUGCUGCGCAUAUAUCAUACAUAAUAAUAAUAUUAAAACAAUGUGUAUAUAAAAAUUAUAUAAAUAUAUAUAUGCUGCCAUACGGGAGUGGUAAGGGCCUUCUUAGAACUUUAAUUUCUUUAUACUUUUGAACAAAUAUAAUAUAAUUUAUUUUACUGUGCUAUGCCUAUAUAUAUUAUUAUGAGGAGUCACGCGUACAAUAUUAUACGAAAAGUCUGACGAAUUAUUAUUAUUAUUUUUUUUUUUUUUGCAAACGUAUACCACUCACUCAUAAUAUUAUUAUAUUAUGUCAUUGUCAUAGACACAUUGCACUCGCAUGUUGACGAUUAUUAUAAUUCCAAACGCACCAUAAUAUAUAAUAUAUAAUAUGUAUAUUAUUGUCGACAAAUUAUUCGCAGUAACCGAGAUUCAAAUCAAUGGUCUAGUAUAAUAGUAGUUAUUCUUUGUUAUUAUUAUAUUAUCACGCGCUCAACGAAAAUAGUUUUUCAACACAAUCCCUAUACGGUCGUAUACAUCUAUUAUAUUAUUAUAAUAUGUACCACAGUGCCAUACGUUUUAAAGUUAAGUUUUAUUUUUUACGAACCGUUCAGCAGCGGCGGUAGGUUCGUUUCUUUCGCCCCGACCGCCGACACAAAUUGGUACCAAAAAGUGAUAAACAACAAAAUGUUUACGCAUUGUGAUGAUAUUAAUAUAUAUAUAUAUAUAUAUAUAUAUAUUUAAUACAAUACACUACUCCGUCUCAAGUUUCCUGUGCACUUUUCCCGCGCACGAACACAUUACCUCCAUCGGUGGUACGCACGUGCAGCGGCACACCAUAAUAUAAUAUUAUUAUUAUAUUAACAUAAUAUAAUACUACUACGCGUUAAAAAUGUUUUCGUCCACGCCACGCGGAUACCACUAUUGGCGGCUCGAUUAAAAUAAAAAAAAUUUUAACGACAUUUCGCGCCAGUCACAUUCUAACCGUACGAUAUAUUGUAUAUUAAUAAUAACGCCGCUGCCACGUUUUAGGACUAAUAACUAUUUAAUACCUAUUUUUUAUCUUUCACGCAAGUCCCCGCACAUAAAACAUAUUAUAUUUUAUGCGCGCAUUAUCACCAGCAUAAUAUUUUACAGUAUAAACAUUAAGUAAUAUAUAUUAUUAAUUUAUUAUUAUAUGUUGUAGUCAUUAUUACCCGCGAAUCGCCAUCACAUUGGAGUUUAUAAUAUAGGUACCGAUAUAUAAUUGUCAUGCUGCACGAGAUGAUAUUUUCAUCUUUUUGCAACUCACGUCCGCCCGACCGCCCCACCCCACUCCACACCACCCACCCCUUUCCACUGGCCGUGUUCGCCGGACCGCACUAGUGUUUUUUCGCUUCGCACGCAAAAAUGUUAUUUGAAUUUAGUCGCUAUCCUUUGAACAAAAAAAAAAGUAUACUUAAA